GCGUACCUCGGGCCCUGUAACGCCCUCUGUUCUCCCGCUUGUGGGGAGAAGCGGCCCACCUGACUGACACUGUGGCGGGGGCCUGGGUGGGGGCAUCCACCCAGCCCCCUCUCCAGGUGGGCGCUCACCACCCAGAUUGGGACAGGGAGGUGUCACCGUGGGAGGCGGGUAGGGGUUAAGCUGGGCGGUCUACUCAGUCCCCACGCUGGGGACCGGAGGCUCCAAGACAGGCUGACGGGCCAUUUUCUCCCUCUCUCGUGCGUGUCCUGUCUCCUGGUUUGUGACCCAUGGCCGCUGCCCUAGUUGUGGACCUGGAGGCAGAGCACAGCAUGGACGUCAUCCUGGUGGGCUCCAGCGAGCUGUCAUCCCCUCCGUCACCCAGGUCACGCAGAGAUCUUGUCGCCUAUGAAGUCCAGGUGAACCAGCGAGACAUAGAAGACAUGUGCAUCUGCUGUGGAAGCUUCCAGGUGCACACGCAGCACCCUCUGUUUGAGGGAGGGAUGUGUGCUCCAUGCAAGGACAAGUUCCUGGAGUGCCUCUUCCUGUACGAUGACGACGGGUACCAGUCCUACUGCUCCAUCUGCUGCGCGGGAGAGACGUUGCUCAUCUGCGAAAACCCCGACUGCACCCGAUGCUACUGUUUCGAGUGCGUGGACACGCUGGUCGGCCCGGGGACGUCGGGGAGAGUUCACGCCAUGAGUAACUGGGUGUGCUUCCUGUGCCUGCCCUUCCCCCGCAGCGGGCUGCUGCAGAGGAGGAGGAAGUGGCGCGGGUGGCUGAAGGCCUUCUACGACCGCGAGGCGGUGAGGAGCGGGACGGCUGGGCCCCGAGGGCAGGGCGCAGGCACGGCCCUGGCGCUGUUAGUUUCCCUGGUAACUGGCUGCAAAACGCCCAUCUGGACACGUGAGCUGACGAGUUUGGGCUUUUUGGAAAACGGCUCUGAGCCGGGAAGGCUGAGACAUCUGGAUGAUGUCACCGACGUGGUGAGGAGGGACGUGGAGGAAUGGGGCCCCUUCGACCUCACCUAUGGCUCUACACCCCCACUUGGCCACACCUGCGACCACCCCCCUGGGUGGUACCUGUUCCAGUUCCACCGAGUCCUGCAGUACGCGAGGCCCCGGCGGGGCAGCCAGCAGCCCUUCUUCUGGAUGUUCGUGGACAAUCUGGUGCUGACCGAGGAGGACCGGGCCGUGGCCACUCGCUUCCUGGAGACGGACCCCGUGACCAUCCAGCACGUCCGAGGCAGGACCACCCAGAACGCCGUGCACGUGUGGAGCAACAUCCCCGCCGUGAGGAGCAGGCACUCGGCCCUGGUUUCCCAAGAGGAAUUAGCCCUGCUGGCCCAGGACAGGCAGAGAGCGAAGCCCCCCGCCCAGAGGCCAGCUGCGCUGGUGAAGAAUUGUUUUCUCCCCUUGAGAGAAUAUUUCAAGUAUUUUUCAACAGAGCUCACUUCCUCUUUACAAAUGAGUCAUUAUACUGUGAAAACAGCAACAAAAAAAGACUUUUCCUAGAACAAAGAUAACUUUCCUUACACAGUCUCUUUUUUCCUUUUCAAAUUACUAUUUAUUUGCUUAACUUUGGGUCUCCUGUGGUCGCUACAGCCCUACCGCCCCUUUGGGGGUGGCGCCACGGGCCUCCCGCCUGC